AUGGAUGGUGUUUCCGUGUCUAACUGGAAUCUUUCAAACAAGCACAGCGAAGAGGAGAGUAUUGAAAGUUACAUCAAAGCAUGGGAUGCUAUCAAAACGCUGGAGGUUGGACCUUCUCAUGUUAAUCUCGCCGCUGAAAUUGCCAACAUGUUCGUGAAAGGAGGACACUACGCAAACAUGGUUCAUUUUGUCAACAGUCUGGAUGACAACUUCCUGGACAAAAUGAAAGAGAAUGAGAAGUUCGUCCGAGCGUUGUUGAGCUUGAGGAUGACACAGCGAAAAUAUAAUGAAGUGUUUUCUCUGUUAGAGGAUGACCCCGACACACUUCCUGUUUCAGAAUGGCAACUUCAGCAACAAAGACGGGUUGCUGGACAUCUGGGACGAGGCUCAUUACCGGGAGUGGGAGGAACGCAUGGGAAACCCCUCAACGCCCUCCUCAGAUACAGAAUACGCCAAAGAUUCCUACCCCCUGAACACAUCUGUCCAAACGGGACACGUCCAACGACCCGACUCCCGGACCAAGCUCUGCAGAUCCUGAGGGCGUGGCUCCUGGAUCAUCCCACGGAUCCAUACCCCUCCAAGAUUGACAAGGACCUGCUUAUGAAGAACUCGGGCUUGUCCCUGAGCCAGGUGAAGACCUGGUUUGCCAAUGCUAGGCGCCGUCUCAGACUAAAGAAAGAAAGCAAGUCUCACAAACCCAAAGGCGGCCAUCCGUCUUCCUGCAGCGAGAUUGAGGCUGACGUGAGUUGCUCGGAUGGGUUGUCCGACUCCCCCGAGGAUCUGCUGUCGGGGGAGGAGACUGCUCACAAGGAGGAGGGUGGGGAGAGUCGAUACGGAGGGGAUUUCCAGCAGGUUGAUGGAUUAUCAGUGGAGCUGAAGCAAGUUGAUAAGACUCCCACGGGUGACUUCUUCAUCCCGUAUGCCGGGAAGAACCAGUUCUACAACAACGUUGUGCAUCAGCAGUAUCAACCUCAAAACUUCACCUACGACACCAUCAGCGGACAGAAGGUUGAGGACCACGACGUUGCUAGAGCUAUUCGGUCCGUGGCGGCGUCUAGUGAGAAGCUGAUCUCAACUCAAGUGUCCACUUCAUACCGACCAAAGUACCACCACUCCACCCAAACCUCGGAGUACCUGAAGGCUCUAGCGGGCAUGUGUGAGGAUAUAUCCCCGUCGACCUACCAGCUGGGCAUGCCAAGAAUCCCCGCCCCCAAACACCCCAUCUGUCCCUCUGUCCCCGACUACCACCACCAGCAACAGCCUCGACCUGCGUUCUACCAAGUCCUGCAAGACGAGACGGUCCGGUAUCUCUCCUACCAGCAGAGUCCAGAACAGCCUCCAUCCUAUCCGCCAUUCCGCCCAGUCGCCUGUCAUGAGGACACGUUUCCCCACAAACAGAAGAAGUGGUACCAGGGUCGUGAUAUCAGUCGGGACCAGACUGUGGCCCGUCCAUAUUCCAUGUCAGCACCCCCUUCCCUGGGGGUGCUGACCAACCUGGACACCCGUCACACCUACCACCAAACCAGCUCAGUCUCCCAAGGGCACCCCCAGGAACCCCCUGGCCUACAUACCAACAAUCUUACACCAGCAGCUGUUUCCUGGGUUGUAACACAGUGGCUCCAUGCACGGCUUGCAAGCCGACGACAUCUCGACUAACGAGUGACCCGUCCACAGUUCCUCUCCCACCGUUCGGUCUGGCCAUGAUGGGGACCAGCGUUGCGACCCCCGCCAUCCACCAGGAACCACCCC